CAAAAAAAAAAAAAAAAAACAAAAACAAAAACAAAAAAAAAAAACACUUUGUUUUCUUUUGUAAAGGGGCGCUUCAGUUUUACUCUUUUUUUGUUAUUUCUGUUACAAACAGAGACAAAGUAGUAAGCCUCAGUUGGAUCAUCAUCCCGGUAUAAAUCUUCUUUCCUGAAUGUUACAAUCAGAAAGGUGAAGCCUUUUUAAAAUUUUUCCUCUGCUUUGGUCAUUUGCUUUUUGAAUGGACAAGUUUUUUGCUUUGGCUGCUGUUUCUGUUGUCUACUUUCUUCCACUCUUUCAUGGAGGAAUAGCAAUAGCUGCAAGAACUCCAGAUGGCUCAGAGGAGUGGGGAUAUGUGGAAGUCAGACCCAAAGCCCACAUGUUCUGGUGGCUGUACAGAAGUCCUUACAGAGUUGAAGAUCCUUCCAAGCCAUGGCCAAUUAUUCUCUGGCUGCAAGGUGGUCCUGGUGCUUCAGGAGUUGGGAUUGGGAACUUUCAGGAGGUUGGACCAUUGGACACUUUCUUGAAACCAAGGAAUUCAACUUGGUUGAAAAAAGCGGAUCUUCUGUUUGUUGAUAACCCAGUUGGAACUGGAUACAGUUUUGUGGAAGAAAAAGAUCUGUUUGUGAAAACAGAUGAGGAGGCGGCCAUUGAUUUGACCAAAUUGUUGGAGGAAAUCUUCAACAGGAAUGAAAGUCUGCAAAAGAGUCCUCUGUAUGUUGUGGCAGAGUCAUAUGGAGGCAAAUUUGCGGUAACUCUUGGUUUAUCAGCUGUGAAAGCCAUUGAAGAAGGAAAAUUGAAGCUUAAACUUGGAGGAGUGGUAUUGGGAGACAGUUGGAUCUCUCCAGAAGAUUUUGUGUUUUCUUGGGGUCCUCUUCUUAAAGAUGUCUCAAGGCUUGACAACAAUGGAUUGCAGAAAUCAAACAGUCUGGCUGAGAAGAUUAAGCAGCAAAUCAAGGAGGGUAAGUUUGCGGAUGCGACCAAUUCAUGGAGUGAGCUUGAGGAAGAGAUAAGCUCAAGCAGCAAUGCUGUGGACUUCUAUAAUUUCCUACUGGAUUCAGGAAUGGACCCGGUGUCUUCCUUGACAACCCUUGGAUUGUCAAAAGGAUUAGCAAUAAACAGAUAUUCAAGAUAUCUGAGUUCCUUGAGAUCUACUCCAGAUGGUGAUGGUGAUCUUGGUACCUUGAUGAAUGGUGUUAUCAAGAAGAAGUUGCAGAUCAUUCCAGAAAAUGUGACAUGGGGAGGACAAGGAGACUACGUUUUCACAGAGCUACAAGGAGACUUCAUGAGAGCACGGAUUGAUGGGGUGGCUGAGCUACUUGAUAAAGGAGUGAAUGUGACUGUAUACAAUGGACAACUUGAUCUCAUUUGUUCAACCAAGGGAACUGAAGCAUGGGUUGAGAAGCUCAAGUGGGAUGGACUCCAAGCAUUUUUGAGCAAGGAUAGAACUCCUCUGCACUGUGGGAAUGAUAGCUUUACCAGAGGGUUUACCAGAUCAUACAAAAACUUUCACUUUUAUUGGAUUCUGGGUGCAGGGCAUUUUGUACCUGUUGAUCAGCCCUGCAUUGCAUUAAACAUGGUUGCUGACAUUACCAACUCUCCAGCCUAGAAUUUAUGCCCUUUUUUAUAUAUAAAGAGAAGAGAAAGAUACAAGUAUCGAAUAAGCCACCAAGGAAAAGGAUUUAAGAGACAUUCAAGGUACAGAAAGCACAAGUAGAUAAUAUUGGAGGAGGAAGCUACAGGGUUAUUUAUUAACUGCAAAUUCUUCUCUUUUGAUCAUUUACAUUGUUAAAUUUCUAAAUUAGUUUACUUGGUUUGCACAUUCUUUUUACUUUACAUAACUUUAUUGAGGGUAAAUUUCUUCA